CGGGAGUCAGUGCUGAACGCGGGAGCCCCGACUUCCAUCGACGCCGGAUCUCGGGACCCUCAGAGCCGCACACAUGGAGGGGAUGCUCGCUGUCUGGGUGUGUGUGCUCGCUGCCGGGGCAGUGACGGCAUUUGGGACAGACCUGGAUUUACAAAUCGAUGUAAUAACCGAACUGGAUCUAGUGAACGGCACACGAGGGGUGACGCAGGUUCCUGGGGUGCACAAUGGGAGCAAAGCCUUCCUAUUCCGGGAUGCGGAACGGGAGAUUCACGCAGCGCCUCAUACAAACAAGAAGGUGAUCCAGCUUUUUAGGAAUAAGAGUGAAUUCACCUUCCUGGCCUCCAUACAGCAAAGGUCGUCCACAUCUGGCGUUCUCCUCUCGAUCCGUGAGCUGGAGCACAGCUUCUUUGAACUGGAGAGCAGCGGCCUGAGGGAUGAAAUCCGGUAUCAUUACAGGUUCAAUGGAAAGUCCAGAACCGAGGCUUUUCCCUACCGGCUCGCCGACGGACAGUGGCACAAAAUAGCCCUGACAGUCAGUGCCGGCCACGUCUCGCUGCAUGUGGACUGUAACAGGAUUUACGAGCGGCCGAUUGAUGCUCCAGACACAAACCUCUCUCCUGGAAGCAGCUUGUGGAUUGGGCAGCGGAACAGGAAGCACGGCUUCUUCAAGGGAGUUAUUCAAGACGUGAAAAUCAUCUUUGCGCCCAACGCCUACUUCUCACAAUGUCCCAACCUCAACCGCACUUGCCCGACCUGCAGUGAUUUCUUAAGCCUGGUGCAGGGGAUCAUGGACCUGCAGGAGCUGCUCGCAAAAAUGACGGCAAAGCUGAAUUACGCAGAGACGCGGCUCAGUCAGCUCGAGGGCUGCCAUUGCCAGAAGACGUGUCAGGUGCACGGAGCCAUCUACAGGGACCGCGAGUCCUGGGUGGACGAGGAUUACUGCAGGAACUGCACCUGCAAGAACGGUGCCGUGGAGUGUCGGAGGAUGCUCUGCCCGACUCUAAACUGCUCGUCGGAUUCCCUUCCAGUCCACGUCCCCGGCCAGUGCUGCAAAGUGUGCAGGCCAAAAUGCGUUGAUGGUGGAAGGGUUCUGGCAGAGGGCGAACGCAUCCUGGCAAGAAGCUGCAGAGAAUGUAUGAAUGGAGUCCUUGAAAGGGUUACGGAGCCCUGUCCGCCGCUGAAUUGCUCGGAAGAUGACUGGGUCCUGCCGGACGGCAGCUGCUGCCACGUGUGCCGAGGGUAUGACUUCUGUGCAGAAGGACCACGAUGUGGGGACAACUCUCAGUGCAAUAACUGGGACACGAAGGCUACCUGUGAGUGCAGAAGUGGCUACACACCCAUCCAGGGCGACCUUGCCAAUUGUGAAGACAUUGAUGAAUGCGCUGCCAGGAUGCAUUACUGCCACGCCAACACGCUAUGUGUCAACGUGCCGGGAUCGUACCGCUGCGACUGCCUGCCUGGCUACAUCCGGGUCGAUGACUUUUCCUGCACAGCUUUCUGUGAAGAGGAAUGCAGAUAUGGAGGGACAUGUGUCGCCCCCAAUAAAUGCACCUGCCCCCCCGGAUUCACGGGAAGUCACUGCGAGAAAGAUAUUGAUGAGUGCGCAGAGGGGGUCAUUGGCUGUCACCAGCGUUCCCGCUGCGUUAACCUCCCGGGCUGGUACCGCUGCGAGUGCAGAACCGGUUUCAGUGACAACGGGACCUACUUAAUUUCUGGGGAGUCCUGUGUUGACAUUGAUGAAUGUGCCUUACGGACGCACACAUGUUGGAACGACUCGGCUUGCGUCAAUUUGGAAGGUGGCUUUGACUGUCUGUGCCCCUCUGGCCCUUCAUGCACAGGAGAUUGCACCCAUGAGGGGAUGCAGAAGCGUAAUGGCCAGGUGUGGACCCUCAAGGAAGACCGCUGCUCUGUGUGCUCCUGCAAGAAUGGGAGAAUAUUUUGCCGGAGGACAGCGUGCGACUGCCAGAACCCCAGCGUGGACCUGUUCUGCUGUCCAGAGUGUGACACCCGAGUGACGAGUCAAUGUCUGGACCAAGAGGGGCAUAAACUCUACCACAGCGGAGACAACUGGACCUACGGCUGCCAACAGUGCCGCUGCCUGGAGGGAGAGGUCGACUGUUGGCCCCAGACGUGCCUGCCUCUGAGCUGCGAAUACACAGCAAUUUCUGAGGGUGAAUGCUGUCCGCGCUGCGUGGAAGACCCAUGUUUAGCAGAUAAUGUCACAUAUGACAUAAGAAAAACCUGCCAAGACAGUCUUGGAAUAACACGGCUCGGCGGCGCUGUAUGGACAAUGGCAGAAUCUCUGUGUACGACAUGCAAAUGCAAGAACGGAAUUGUCUGCUGCUCAGUGGAUCUAGAAUGUCUUCACAAUAACUAAGGAUUUAAGCAACAGACUCUUGCCGGAGAGCUUUUCGGAUGCAGUUUCCAUCGAUAGCGGAGAGUGUGUGCGCGUUCGAGACAGUAUUUGGCACAGCAGACCCUCAGCAAAGUCUCCAUUCACACAGAGAUUUGGGGGAAGUUUUGGGGACCUUAUGCUACGUUUCUCCUUCCUCACCUCUUUAGGGGACCUCUGACCAAAUGUUACCGGCUGCUAGUAGCUAUUAACCAUUUUGCUGCCACUCAGGCAUUUCCAGUCCAUUACAUGGUAGGACGAUAUUCUGCCCAACAGCUGAAUAGUUAAAGGUCUCGUUAGAGCGAUCCACAGAUUUUUUGUUACAUUCGUAAACAUUUUAGUUCCUUUAUAGUAAAUGUUGUUGUGAUUCCCUCUUUGCGUCUGGACAUCAGGAUGAAAAGAACCUUCUUUUAUUUUUAUGGGGGUUGAUCUAUAAAAUCGGGAUCUUUGUGUCUCAUUCGUCGCAGACGUAGCUCUAAGGUCUCUGUCUGGUGUUGGUGGAGAUGUGUAUGUUUGUAUAGUUUGUUGCAUAGAACCUCUGUUCCAUCAACUCAACUCAUGACUCAAAAGGAAAUCUCAGACACUUGAGAUAAUUGCCCCAUGGAUCAUUAUCUGCCACACCUUGUGGCAUCUGGCUGCCCAAGAUUGGAAUAGCAAACUCUGGACUUGUUUUCACAGGAGAAGCCAAGGUUGCAGUAAAAGAUGUUCCUAUUGUUCACGUCUCCACAAACACUUGUCUUCAUUUUGCACAUGCGUGUGAUGCAGUUGUGCAAUUUCACGAAGGAGCAUCUGCUACAAACAUGGUUCUGGCAUUAUUUCCUAAUAUUGAAGGACAUUAACGUUAUAAGAGGUGACAUGCUGUGCCACAGUUUAUAAUUAUUUAACUAUCUAUUGAACUAUGCGAGAAAUAUUUUCACACGGUGGUUAUUUUGCAAGCGUCAUGUAUAAUAAGUGAUGAUUCGCACAGGAGGAGCUUUAAAGCAAUGGUCUAAAAAUUUUGUAAGCAAAUCACAAUAAAAGCCUCCUACCGCC